GCAAAAUACUAUACUCUUCUCCUACUGCUUCCUGCUGCUGCCGCCUCUUCAAAUUUGAGAGAGAGGGAAACAAGAGUGCGAGAAAAUGGUGCGAUUAACGGCGGAUUUGAUAUGGAAGAGCCCCCAUUUCUUCAAUGCCGUUCGCGAGCGAGAGCUCGAUCUCCGAGGGAACAAAAUUGCUGUAAUAGAGAACGUUGGUGCUACUGAGGACCAAUUCGACACUGUUGAUUUAUCUGAUAAUGAGAUUGUAAAGCUUGAGAACUUCCCUCUCAUGAAUCGACUAGGAACCUUGUUAUUGAACAAUAACCGAAUCACUCGCAUCACUCCUAACCUUGGAGAGUUUUUGCCAAAAUUGCACACCUUGGUCCUCACCAACAAUAGGUUAACUAACUUGGCUGAGAUCGAUCCUCUUGCAUCACUUCCCAAGCUGCAGUUCCUUAGUUUACUCGACAACAGUAUUACGAAAAAACCCAAUUACCGUUUGUAUGUUAUCCACAAGUUGAAGUCCUUGCGUGUUCUGGACUUCAAGAAAGUAAAACAAAAGGAACGUGCUGAAGCCAAAAUUUUGUUUGCAUCAGAAGAAGCUGAAGAAGAGGUUAAAAGGGAAUCUGCAAAGGUUGUACCUGCUGAGACUCUUAGUACCCAAGAAUCUGCAAGGGAGCAACAAACAUCUAAACCAGCUGCACCUACACCAGAACAAAUUUUGGCUAUUAAGGCUGCCAUUGUCAAUUCACAAACUCUUGAAGAGGUGGCUAGACUUGAACAGGCACUAAAAUCAGGGCAGCUCCCAGCUGAGUUCAACAUCGGUGAUGACAAUGCACCUAACGGUGAGGCUACUGAACAAGAGGAUAAUAUGAUCACAGAAGAAAAAGAAACAAAUAAUGAACUUAAAGAAAGUGAGUCUGAAGAAAAGAAAGAUGAUACAUCAGCAAUGGAAGAGGAAUAGGUUUGUUCCAUGUGAAUAUGCAGCUGCAUAAUAUUCAUCGUGUAUCCUCCUGAACCAGUGGACUAUGCCCACCUCGUGUUGCAAAAUUGUUUUGUAAUGUUUUGUGAUCUUUUCUCCCAUGAAGAUUUCAAAGUAAUGAUGAAUGGGCCAGGGGAAUUUACUUGUUAACAGCGUAGUAUUUGAGAGACAUGGCUUGCUGUGUGCAAUUCAGUUGUCAGAAAACAUGAAUUUCUUCAGUGGCCAACGGAACUUGAGGAAAAACGUUUUCCUUUUCUUCGUUAUCACGUGUUAGGUUGUUCAGACAAUCUUUUUUUUAAUCAAAUGUUUAACUGGCUGUAUUCGGAGGAGAAAUCCAACCAUCAAUUUCAAUGGUUUUGUGAUCGCUGAAAA